AUGGUGGGACACAUGGCGCAACAAUACGUCGAGAACCACGAGAAUGCAGAUCGCGUCUCGCUCGUCUCAGAUAGACCUGCUACGGUCUCUGAUAACUUCGCUUUCGCUUUCGAUAUCGACGGAGUGCUUCUGAGAGGAGGCCAGGCCAUCCCGGAGGCCAUUGAUGCAUUGAGAUACAUUAACGGGGACAACCCGUAUUCGAUCAAGGUGUUGUGA